GUGCGCUUCAGUCGACUGAGCCGGCGAUCGCCCCCACCAGUUUGCGUUAGUGCACCCCCGAAUCCAGUGGCAUUUCAUGGGUAUUUGGAGCAGGCUCCCCGGAACUCUCAGGACUGGCACCGAAUGCGAAGCCACUGCAGCGCAUUGCCGGCGGGGCGCAACGCGGAUGUCCGACAGGCUGCUUCUUGCAACCCAGCUCCACAGACCGACCAUGUAAACACACAUAUAGGCGAGCCGGUGGUCAUCGCUACGAGGAGCGGGGGGAUGCAGCUCUCACUUCCCACCAGGCCACCGCAUUCUGGAGAUGGACUGCUGACAGUUAGUAGACGGCGGCAGCGAGUGCGAGCGGCAAGAGCGUAUUCUUCGUGCCUUCCCGCGAGAGGCACGGGGAACAAUGCCAGUGGCGUGCAGGUUUGCUUCAGAAACAGCACCCGAAGGUGUUGGUGCCGAGAAACUUACUCUCCCAUGUAUAUAUCUCGACUCGAAGUCGGUAUGGCGCCUGGGAGGCCCGCGCAAAAGGGAACAAAAAGAAUCGGUCUGCGACUUGCCCCCAGCCAGUCCUCCAUCGCAUCUGACACAGGGCGUCCAGGUGCAGGACGGCAGGGGUCAAGCUUCUGAGCAACGACACGCGCACAGCGCGUAAGCUCCGCUCGCGUACAAUACACC